AAUACUAUUUUAAUUAUAAUAUAAAGCAUGAAAUUUUUAUAUAUAAAAUUAAUGGGUUCUAAAACGAAGCAUUAAUAGAAACCAAAGAACAAUAUGAAAUAUCAAUUCAAUAAACACAGGAUACUAUUGGAUAAAAUGUAUAUAGAAGUCUUCUGAUUGGCUAACAACACGGUAGCUCAUUCAUCCUUUCUCCGUGAAAAUAGUAUUCAGUAUAUCAGUUGCCGGAGUUCAACUCGGAUGUUUUGGCAGCUGAUUUUAUUUCUUGCUUACGUCGAUGGUAAAAAUAUUUUGAAGUUUUAACUAUUCAUACUAUUUGGGGAAUCGCUUAGUGUCGUGAAUGAAAUUUUGUGAAAUACUAUUGAUAGUGCAAAAUAUAUAAAAUAAACGGAUAUAUAUUAGUGUUUUGAUUACUUAAUAAACUAAAAGAUUUACAAUGGAUUCUGAAGAGGAAACAUAUGAUGAUGUUGAUUCUGGCAAUGAAUCUAGUGGAGAUGAUGUGGAUUUUGCAAUGGAAAUUGAAGCUGGAAAUCCAAGAGAACGAUCAACAGAUGUUGAUGAUUAUCCUUUUGAAGUUUUAUCAACAGAAGAAAUAGUGCAACAUAUGGUUGAUUCUAUUAAGGAAGUUAAUACAGUUGUAGAAAUACCAGCUACAACUACACGUAUUUUAUUAAAUCAUUUUAAGUGGGAUAAAGAAAAAUUAAUGGAACGCUUUUAUGAUGGUGAUCAGGAAAAAUUAUUUGCUGAAGCACGAGUUGUUAAUCCAUUUAGAAAGGGUCCAUUAAUAAAUAGAAAUCAAUCUUCUCAAAGCUCAUUGUCCAGAAGAACUUCAACAAAUGGUACUGAAGAAUGUGGAAUUUGUUUUACGAUUCAACCAUCUGCAAUGAUGACUGGACUUGAAUGUGGACAUCGUUUUUGUACUGGCUGUUGGGGAGAAUAUCUUACAACAAAAAUUAUGGAAGAAGGAGUUGGUCAAACAAUUGCAUGUGCAGCACAUGCUUGUGACAUUUUAGUUGAUGAUGCUAGUGUUAUGCGUCUUGUAAAAGACUCUAAAGUGAAACUGAAAUAUCAACAUUUAAUAACAAAUAGUUUUGUUGAAUGUAAUAGGUUAUUGAGGUGGUGUCCAUCUCCAGAUUGUAAUAAUGCUAUAAAAGUACAGUAUGUAGAAGCAAGACCAGUAACUUGUAAAUGUGGGCAUACAUUCUGUUUCCAUUGUGGAGAAAAUUGGCAUGAUCCUGUAAAAUGUCACUUAUUACGUAAAUGGAUUAAAAAAUGUGAUGAUGAUUCUGAAACAUCAAAUUGGAUUGCUGCAAAUACAAAAGAAUGUCCAAAAUGUAAUGUUACUAUUGAAAAAGAUGGUGGAUGCAAUCAUAUGGUGUGUAAAAAUCAAAAUUGUAAAACUGAUUUUUGUUGGGUAUGUCUUGGACCUUGGGAACCACAUGGUUCUAGUUGGUAUAAUUGUAAUCGUUAUGAUGAAGAAGAGGCUAAAGCAGCAAGAGAUGCUCAAGAAAAAUCUCGAUCUGCAUUACAAAGAUAUCUAUUUUAUUGCAAUAGAUAUAUAAAUCAUAUGCAAUCAUUAAAAUUCGAAAAUAAACUUUAUGCAAGUGUGAAAGAAAAAAUGGAAGAAAUGCAACAACAUAACAUGUCAUGGAUUGAGGUACAAUUUUUAAAGAAAGCAGUAGACAUUUUGUGUUCCUGUAGACAGACUCUUAUGUAUACUUAUGUUUUUGCUUAUUAUGUGCGAAAAAAUAACCAAUCUGUGAUUUUUGAGGAUAACCAAAAGGAUCUAGAGGGUACUACAGAACGUCUCUCUGAAUAUCUUGAACGAGAUAUUACAAGUGAAAAUCUUGCUGAUAUUAAACAAAAAGUUCAAGAUAAAUAUAGAUAUUGCGAUAGUCGAAGAAAAGUGCUUUUGGAACAUGUACAUGAAGGUUACGAAAAAGAUUGGUGGGAUUACGUCGAAUAGAAAUCUAAACCAACUUCGUUUUUCGGGCAUGCAAGACAAGAUUUCUCUCUUGAUACUUUUGCCCUACCUGUGAUAAAUCAAGAAAGCUGACAGGAAAUAAAAAUAGAGCAUGUCACCAAGUGAUUUACGUGUUAGAUAUACUUUAAAUGUAAUAUGAUCUGUGGCAGCACAUAUAUCGUUAUGAAUUUUUAAAUUUAUUAAAAUUGAAUCCUAUUACCAUCAGGCUAAAUGUAAAAUACUUCCGUAUUAAUUAAUGAUACUAAUUUGCGCUUGCUGUGUGCUAUUUAUCGUUACAUGUUUCGAUCCUUCAUAAACAUGCCUUGCAAUAAUAUUUUCAAGUUUCGAAUGAAUUUUAUAUAUAAACAUGUCGGAUGAUAAACGGUGGUAAAGAAAUCGAACAGUGUGUUGCUGUACUAAACAAAAAUUUAUCAAAAAUUUGCUUAAUAUAUUUUAAUGCCAUAGUAUAAUAAUACAUUAUACCUUUUCAUAUUACUAUAAGAUUCUCUAGAAAAGUAUUAUUUAGUCUAUGGAUAAAAACUUUUCAAGAGUUCUAUGAAUAGUACAUGAAAAGGCUAAUAUAGAACUAGACCUUAAUCUGUCUUUUAUUGUCAGUCCUGUGCACUCGAUUUAUAAGGGAAUAAUUGAAUAUAACAAGAUACUGGUGCAGAUAAUAUUCAUAACAUGUCUUACCAUUUUUGCUCUGUUUUGGACAGUAAUACGUCCAGGCUAUAACUGCCAAUCUUUAUGAAAAACUGAAUUAAAAUGAUCAUGUCGUCAGUAUCGUGUGCAAUAUCUAAAUCAAAUUAUAUUUCUUUUACUCUUACUUUGUUUUUCUCUACAUAUUAUUUGAAUAAAAUCUUUAAAUUUUAUUCAAAAUAUUUUAUGUAUCUGUAAAAAAAUUAAAAAGUGAAAAUUGUUUUAAAAGUAUAAAAAUAAAGAUAUUUAAAAUAUUAAUAAAUUAAAACAAUAUUUUCUUGCUAUUAGUUACUAAAGUCAAGCAUGCAAAAUAUUAAAAGGGUCCAAUAUUCAAAACUUCAUAAUGUACAUUAUUUAAUUUUGAUAUAUUGAAUGAUAAGAAAUUGAAUUUAUUAAUAUUAUGUAUACUUGAAUCAUUUUUAAAGAUAUAGAAAUAUCGAAUAUGUUUGUUCAUUUCUUUGUUUAAAAUAUAAAAAAGGAUUGAUUUUUAUUUUUUAUAUAAUUGUUGUUUCUUGAAAAGUUUAUUUCAUGUUCGGUAGAGAUAUUGUCAUAAUGCUGACGAUAUGUUUGAUAUGUCAUUAAUCAAAUAAUUAAUGAUUAAUGAUUGUGAUAUGAUGAUCACUUGCUGUUAUAUAAGUGGGGAACGAAAUGAGUUCCAUUUGUACAGUUAUAUAGUUAUAUAUUCACACGUAAAUGCAUAAUACAUACUUAUAUAAAUAGUUGUAAUAUCAAUAUUAGCAAACUUAAAGUAGAAACAUUUGAAGUUUUAUUAAAAAGAAAUUGUUGAUUCUUAUUAUUAUCCAUGUUAGGUAUAAAAAUUAAAAAAAAAAAAAAAAGAAAAAAGAAGAAAAGACAAUUGUUUUCUGUACAGUCACAAGAUCUGAAUAGAAGUAAGAAUAUUGUUAGAUAUAUUCAUAACAAAUUAUUUUUGAGUUCAUGAUUUUGUAUUGUAUGUUCAUGUGAUGCAUAAAAUUAUAAACAAUAGCGAAAAAAUUAUCUUUUUUUUUAUAUAUCAAACAUAAAAAAUAUUUUAACAAGUUUAAACAAUUUUGUGUGAAAUAUCGAUUAUCGAUAUUAUAAUUCCUUCAAAUCACCAUGUAUUUAUUAAGAUUUGUGCGAUAAAUUUGAGUAGUUGAUGUUUUAAUUAUUAAACAUAUCCCAAAAAAAUAAUGACUUUAGACAGUGCUAAAACUUCAAUAAACAAGAAUUUGAUAAAAGUAAUGGUAUUACUCGAGAAGCGAAUUUUUGAUUUAGAAAUUUUUAAUAAUUUCUAAUAAUUGAUGAUAUGUAUAAAGAAAUUGCGUAAAAUAUUUUAUUAACAAAAUUAUGUUUAAUUUGCCAAUCUAAAUGGUAUAUUUUACACUCGAAUUAUAUUAUUUAUAUUAUUUAAAAAACAAAGAAUACAGAAUAUAUUAUAGAUACUCUUUCA